GUUAGUUAGCUUGGUAUAUUAAGCUGAUUGCAUUAUCGGAUCGGAUUUAAACUGCAGUCCAACAAUUACUGAAGUACACAUAGUUUAUGCUAUUUUUCGCAAACACUGACUUUCAAUGUACGUAGCUGAUAAGUCUAGCUAGCGUAUACGGAGGCGUUGUUAUUUUGCAAGAUCUUGGGUUUCUUUUCAGGACCGAAGACUGACGGUUUCUGAAAUGUCUUCAGACGAAGACAGGGCCAAGGAGAUUUUAAGGGGCUUCAAACUUAACUGGAUGAAUCUUCGAGAUGCAGAAACGGGCAAAGUCUUAUGGCAGGGGACUGAUGACCUCUCUGUACCUGGUGUAGAACAUGAAGCCCGUGUCCCAAAGAAGAUUCUGAAGUGUAAAGCAGUGUCAAGAGAACUGAACUUCUCUUCCUCAGAGAAACUGGAGAAGUUCAGACUGGAGCAGAAAGUUUUCUUCAAAGGACAGUGCCUAGAAGAAUGGUUCUUUGAGUUUGGUUUUGUUAUCCCAAACUCCACCAACACAUGGCAGUCUCUGAUAGAAGCAGCUCCAGAGUCCCAGAUGAUGCCAGCUAAUGUCCUAACUGGUAAUGUGAUCAUAGAGACCAAGUUCUACGACGAUGACCUCCACGUUAGUACCUCAAGGGUACGACUUUUCUACGUCUGAUCCCCCUGACCGCUGACCCCUGUUCCUACCUUCCAAAAUGCUGAUGUCAUGCCAAGGUCUGUAAUUUACCAAGGUUAGACACAAUUUUGCAGCAGUAAAUAGCUCACUGCUGAUUUGGGAUCUGCACAUUUUGGAGAACCAGCUGCAGUCCUCCAGUCAGUGAGUUAAGUUUUGUAACUUGUUUUGUUUCGACAUGGCCUAGACCUUUGGAGGGAAAAGAAUAGGAGAAGAUGGUACUAUUGUUUUCCUUUAUUCCAAGAUCAUCUCUCUCCAAAAUAUUCCCAUCAUACUGUUCCACUGAAAAUACAUUACCUCUAAUUUUAAGUUGGCCAGGGAGACACUUUGAAAUUACAUGAUAUGCGCUGUUUAAAAAAUCGAUCCUCUUGCACUCUAAGGUUGUAUUUACUCAGGAACAUCACACCAGACUUCUUACCUGUCUGAUCUCACCUUCUUUAUUCUGUUUCACUGAGGUACAUUCAAAAAGGUCAGCAUUUUUAACUCUACAGAACAUCUCCUCUAGCUGUGUCCUAUUACAGAGACUGCCUUCAUCAUUUGUGUCCAAAUCUCUGUCCCUGUAAAAAUGCUUAUUCCUUUUAGCAAAUUUAGCAAAUAUUGAAUAAUACAACUGGGGUGGGAAGUCUGUAACAUCUCUAAAUCAGCUCAGUUUUUGCCAAAUUGUAAAGCCAGUUUAUUGUUUAAGAGAGAGAAGGAAGUUAAGCAGAUGUAUUCUGACUUUGCUGGCCAAAAACUCACAGUUGAUAAGGACUGCCUGAAUGCACUAAUAAUUGUGGUCUCUGUGAGGCCAAGUAAGGAACUGCUGAUGUAGCUUUGCAGACAUUCUCUGAAGUGGGACACAGCUUGUACCAACUAAACAUAUCCCAGUUUCAAAUUGUAUGAAAUUGUAUAAAACAGUACUUCUAGGUUUAUCGUUGGUGGGAGUUUCCUGUUUUUACUGUUUUUAUUACAGCAAACCAGAGCAGGAAGGGAUUAGGUUGGGCUGCUUCUUGUACUGCUUGGAAUGAAAACCUGUACAAGUUGUCAUGAUGACUUGUGUUUUAAAAACACUGUUUCCAAGGAACAUUCAUCUAUAAACAGGAUAGGGUUUUGUUACAUGCAUGUAUUUGACUGUCUGAGUUAUUACAUUGAACUUUCAGCUACUUCAUCUUGUUAAGGUGGAGACGAGGACAUGCAUAAUUUAUUCUCAAUAGUUAACCAUUGGUUGGUUUUAUCCCAACAAUUCACAGAUGUUAACAGCUUACAGGUGUUCAACUAGUUCUGCUUUGUACAUCCUGCCUAGACUUAAACUGUAAUUAUGACUUUCCAUCCAGUUUACUGUGUUCAUGUCAAUGUUUGUUUUUCUUAGCAGCUAACUUAGCUCUGUAAAAUAGACUUGUGAUUUAAUAUGGCUGAAGUUGUGA